UUAAACAUUUAUGAGCGAAGAGCGAAAGACACAGAUUUUUGAUGGUUGGAACUUCAGACUUCUUUAAGCCCUCCAUUGAAAGUUCAAGUCCGACAACACACAAAGAAACAGGACGACCCAAAGUCACAGACUUCACUUUCCCUUAACACAAACAUCGAUCUCUGUUCUCUGAUCUCAACUUAACAACACACCCCAAAAUCCUUUGGAGCAAAACCAACAAUGUUACCCUUCUUUCAACUUUACUCCAAUCUCAUACUCCAAACCUUAUUCUCUUUAUCCCUCACUUUAGUCCUCACUUUCCUCAAAAUCCCUGUUUUCUUUCUUCAAGGUCUCCACACUUACAUCCACCCUGAUAACGUUGCCGGCCACCACGGCGGCCCUGCUUCUUCUUCUUCCGGUGUUAGAGCCGCCAUCCGUAGACCUUCAGAUUCAGGUUCUGGACUUGAUGGUUACCAAUCUUUAUCUUCAAGAACCAAUACUGAGCUCAAAAAGAAGAACAAAUCUAAAGACAAAUUCGAAUUCGAUGAAAACAAUGCACAGAUCUUUAGGCUAAAACUCGAUGAGGGUCAUCUUCAAACAAGGCUUUUUUACAAUGAUUAUCACAAUUCUUUCGUUUUUUCCUUUGUGGGUAUUUCUUGUUUGUUGCUUUACAAGUAUUUAGGUUACAAACAAGAUUCUGGGGUUUUAGCAAAUGGUGAUUUGAUACCAAUUAUCUUUGGGUUUAUUGGUUUAAUCAAAGCUUUUUCAUCACUUGCAAAGAUAUCGUUUGAGAAAUCUGGUUCCAAGAGAUCUGAAAAGCAAUUCAGUGCAAUUUUUGGUGUUUUAGGGUUUAUUUUAGGGAUUAUAAUUUGUUCUGGGAUUGGACCAUUGGUUUUUGAUUUCCAUUUCGAUUCAAUUGAAGGGUCUUGGAGGAUUUUUGUUUCUAUAUUGAUGGGAUUCAUUGCUGGUUCUUUAUAUAUGCCUGCUGGGAAAAAUGCAAGAUCCUUUUGGCUCGGUACUGAUCAACUUAGAUGUAAUUUAUCCAUAAUUUCUUGUGGAUGGUUCUCUAGAUUGAUUCUAUAUGCCAAUUAUAUAUUGACUGUGUUUACUGCUUUACUUUGGAUCAAUCCAUUUGUUGAAAUCCUUAGUUUUGUGAGUUUUUCGAAAUCCGAAUUUACCAGAUUUAGGCUUCUCUGCUUAUUGCUUUCCGGAGUUUUACAAAUCGUCUCCUUACGUUCGAACCUGCAGAUGUUUUUGAAUGAAGCAGUUUUGUCUUGGUAUCAAAGAUUGCAUGCCAGUAAGGUCCCAGAUUUGGAUUUUAGCCGUGCUAAGGUUUUCCUGCAUAAUCACUACUUAUGCCUUGCAGUUGUGCAAUUCUUUGCUCCAUCGGUAUCGCUUCUUCUCUUUCUCGGCUUAUCUCAGAUUGAUACUAAUUCGUUUGAUAAGUACAACCUGGUUAAAGAAGUUGCUGUGUUUAUGGCUUGGUGGAUCGUCUUCAUCUGGGCGGUUAUUACUUCGGCAAGUCUGGUGUUUUACCGACGCGGUAUUCUAACAUAAAGAUCAAACAAUGGAAGAAAAACCAAAUCAAGCAUUUAUUUCUGAAUUGCAUUGAUGCUCUCUACUACAGCUCCUUCUGCCCCAAAACAUGCUUGAACAGGUUGUUCUCUCUAGUCUCGGUCCUUCAAGUUUAUCCUGUUCUAUAGAUGUUGCUUGUGAACGUCUGGGGGAUUCUUCUUGUGUUUCUGCUGUUGUCUCUCGAUGUUCGAAAGAGGGGCAAGGACUGUCGUUGCAGGUGCAUAAAGGGAUGGCGACAGAAGGAAAUGGGCUACAGGUAACUGGACAGAAAAUGUCUGAAGAGACCGAUGAAACACGAUUCUUUCUGAUCUCUGAAGUUGGUGAUGGGCAAUCUGCAUCACGGGGAUGAAGCAUGCAUGGUGUACAUAGGCCGAAGGAAAGCUGUAGCUUGAUUUCUUUUAUUGGCGAACUCGGCAACUUGACAAAUGAGAGGAUGCCGUGUCUACAGAGAGGGCAUGGAAUAGAACCUGUUGGGGCAACCAUGUUGGACGGAAUGUGGCUUGUUGAGCAUAGAUAGAGUGCACACCUUACGCAUAACUCAUGCCCGCACCCUGAAUUCGAUGAGUAAAAAACAAAUAAGUACAGCAGUUUAGUCGUAUGAUAGAAAAUGUAUUAGUGAUGUUAAUAACGAAAAGAAUUCCCGGCUACUUUUA